AAACUGGAGUCUCAAAUUACUCUUAAAUGAAUCGUUUUAUAAUUUUUAUGUUUGUUGUUGUAACAUAUUUUGGAUUGAAUGUAGCAUUUGACAUGUUCCCAUGUCCAAAAAAUAAAGUUCUAAUUAGAAACGAGCUUGGUCCCGGUUUAGUUCUUCAAUACCAUUGUCAUUCAAGAGAUCACAAUCUAGACGUCGCAAAUUUACAAUUCAAUGAAUAUAAAGAAAUCGCAUUCGGAGACAAGUUAGGAAAAAGAACAAGAUGGAGUUGCAUUUUGAAACACGGCUUAUACAUGCGAUAUUAUUCAGAAUUUAUAGCAUACAUGAUGGCCAACGUUCGUCGAUGCGGUGCUAUCCGUAAUUGGAUUGCUAGAAAAGAUAGAAUUUACCUUAUAAGAAAUGUAAAUCCGCCAGCAGUGUUCCGUUAUACAUGGAAUAAAACUAAGUAAUGUUGAUGAUAAUAAUAUUUUUUUCAUCUUUGUAAUUUACAUCAAGAUUCUUCAUAUAUAUAUAUAUAUAUUUG